AUGUCUGAAUCUAUUAAAGUUGCUCUUAGAAUUAGACCUUUGGUUGAAAAUGAAAUUUCUCGUGGUUGCCAAACAUGUUUAGACGUAGCAUUAAAUAGGAAUCAAGUGAUUGUUAGGAAUGAUAAAGGUUUCACUUAUAAUUAUGUAUUUGAUCAAGAUUGUAGUCAAGAGGAAGUAUAUAAAGUUGCUGUUCAAGGCCUUGUUAAGAAGUUAUUUGAUGGUUUUAAUGUUACGAUUCUUGCCUAUGGUCAAACGGGAUCAGGAAAAACUCAUACAAUGGGUACAUGUUACAACGGAGAAGGAGAAAUGGGUGUCAUACCAAAGGCUGUACACGAUAUUUUUCAGCAUGUUGAAUCUCAAUUAGAUUGGGAAUAUCAUAUUACGGUUUCAUUCAUGGAGCUUUAUAAUGAGCAAUUAUAUGACUUACUCUCAGGUGAUAGGUCCAUAGUUGAAAUAAGAGAAGAUUCAAAGGGUAUAUGCAUACCAGGACUUACAGAAACUCAUGUGAAGUCAGUAUUGCAGACAAUGACUUGCUUACAGCAAGGCUCAUCUGGUCGAGUUACUGGCUCAACUGCCAUGAACAAUCAGUCUUCAAGAAGUCAUGCUAUUUUUACUUUAACUAUUCAUCAACAGAAAUUAGAUGACAGUAAUUCUGCUAUGAGAGCUAAAUUUCAUUUAGUCGAUCUUGCUGGAUCUGAAAGAUCUAAGAAAACCCAAGCUGUUGGAGAUCGUUUUAAAGAAGGUGUAAAUAUUAAUUAUGGUCUUCUGGCACUUGGUAAUGUUAUAUCUGCUUUGGGGGAAGGCUCGAAGCAAAUUCCAAGUUAUCGAAAUAGUAAACUGACUAGACUUUUGCAAGAUUCUCUCGGUGGAAAUUCACUUACUUUAAUGAUAGCUUGUGUGAGUCCAGCAGACUAUAAUUUAGAUGAAACAUUAAGCACAUUAAGAUAUGCAGAUCGAGCUAGGCGUAUAAAGAAUAAACCUAUAGUGAAUCAAGAUCCUAAAUCUGCUGAAAUUGGUGAAUUGAAACAAAGAAUUAAUCAAUUACAGUUGGAAUUAUUAAACCAGCGUGGUACUAGGACUUGUAAUCCUAUCCAUGAAGAACUUGAAGAAGAGGUUAAAAAACUGAACGUGAAACUCCGAACAAUGACGCAAAGAUACAAUGAUGCAUUAAAUGAAAACACAGUUAUGUGUGAAAGAGUAUUGCUGGCAGAAGCUGCAAGAGAUAGAAUGAAGAAAAAAGUUCAAGAUAUGGAAGUUGAAGUUACUGCUCAAAUAGGAGAAUUUGACAAAGUUGUUGAAGACUUUUCUUGUCCUGAUAACGUAAAAGAGCAAUUAAAUAUAUUCAAAAAAAGUUUAGUUACAAAAAUUACAAUGCUACAAGAAGAGCAAAAAAGAAGCGAAACUGAAAUGAGAGCUCACGAAUCUAGCGGAGCAAAUGAACAAGGACUAUGUUCGUCAAUUGAUGACAUAUCUACUAUUGGAGACAUUGCUCAAGGCGAAUUGGAUGAGCUUGAUCAACAACAGGAAGAAUUGGCAGCUAAGCAAACUCAAUUAAACAAAGAAUUACGUGAAUUGACUCGUCAGUUAGCCCUUAAAGAAGAAGUUUGUGAAAAAUAUUCUAAAAAUACUUUAUUGGUCGAUGAAAAUUUCAAACAAAGUUUAAAACUUUACGAACAGUACGAAAAGCAGAUUGCUGAUUUAUUAAAAGAAAGAACGGAAUUAAUAAAUAAUAUAAAUAAGCUAAAAUCUGCUAAUAAAGAAACUGACCUCAAGGCUAAACAAGCAGAGUUAUCAAAAAAGAAUUUAGAAAUUGAAAAUUUACAAAAAAAAUUAGCCGAACAAGCAAAAAUAGUUAAACAAAAAGAAGCAGCUGAGAAAAAGGUUGAAUUACUUAACUCAGAAAUCGUUCAGAUGAAACAUGCUAAAGUCAAACUUAUUCGACUAAUGAAAACGGAAGGUGAAAAAUUUAGAACUUGGAAAAUAGAAAGAGAAAGGGAGGCGAGCAAAUUACGUGAUCAAGAUAGAAAAAGGCAAAAUGAAAUGGCUCGAAUGCAGAAUUUACAUUUCAAACAGCAAAACGUUUUCAAAAGAAAAUUAGAAGAAGCUGCGGCAUGUAAUAAACGAUUAAAAGAAGCUCUUAUGAAGCAAAAAACUGUUCAAGAAAAGAGGCAGUUGUUAAGAGGAAAUAAAGAACAGGUGCAAGAAUUCGUUACGCAUGAACUGGAAGUUCUUGUGAGCACGGUUGAAGCCGAAAGAACCUUACAGCAACUGCUGGAGGAUCGAGCUACAUUAAACACUCAGCUAAACGAGUUGAAGAGGAUGUCAGAAGAACGUAUUAGUCCAGAGUGUAAGACAGAAAUAGAAAAGGAAAUGCUUCAGGUCAAGCAGGAUUUGGAAUUAAGGAACGCUCAAAUAGCAGAUUUACAACAGAAAAUUUUAGAUUCCGAUCAGGAAAAUAAAUCCAACACUCGGUGGGAUGCCAUUCAGUCUAUGGCCGACGCCAAGGCUGCUUUGAAACACGUUUUCAAUUUGGCUGCCGACAUUCGUCGAGAUGCUAUCUCUAAAGAUUUUGUACUAAAAGAAAUAGAAAUGAAUUAUAAAAACACAAAUAAAAAAAUUAGAGAAUUAGAAAAAGAAUUGAAGAAAAUGAAGGAAAAACAUCAAGAAGAAAUUCUCAUUUUAGAAAAAGAACAUCAAGAACAAUUACAUUGUUUGCUACACAACGAGAACAAGGAAAACAUACCGGAAGAUAGUUAUUUGGAUCGAACGUUGACGGCUCAACAGUUAAAAUUACUCCAAAACACGGAAGAAGAAUUGAAAAAGAAACAAGAGGAAUGCAACAUACUGCAAAAUCAAAUAUCAACAAUAUUAACGGUGGCGCAAACUUCCAAACUCAAAAUGGCCAAAAAGCGAACAAACAGACACCGAGAAUUCGAAGAUUUGAACAUGUCAGCGGAUGGAAGUUUUGCCGAAGAGUACGAAAUAGACAACGUGGACGUGGAUCCGGACUGGAGAAAGACUCCCAUCCACAAACGCAUAACGGCGAUGAAAUCGAAAACGAGUUUGAAUCAGUGGCCGGAUUCAAGGAAAAGAGGUUUGGACGGUUCGUUUCGAUGCGGAUGUCACAGCAGUUGCAACACGAAAAGAUGCGUUUGCUUCAAAAUGGAUGCCAAAUGUGGGGAUUCGUGCACCUGCGAUUCAAAUAAAUGCAGUUCUAAAUUAUCCGAUCAAAUUUCCAGUAGUCUCAAUGAAACUUAUGUUAAAUCGGAUGAAGUGAGCGAAGAAACAAAGAAACCGAGAUACACAUUUGCGAGGCCGAUUGUUUGA